UGAAAUAUGCAUGAGUUCUACGUUGCAUUCCUAAUAGGAUGCAGGAAUCUUUAUUGCGACGACGUUCAUCUUCUUUUGCUUCUGAGUUGAAUUUUGACUUGUUUUGCCUUUACGUGGACUUAAUUUGGGAUUUUCAUCUGUGGCUUGUAACCAGUGGUACCUUAUGAUGCACCGCGACAAUUUCAAAUAUGGACACCAGAUGGUGGAUUCAUAAGGCAUCUAAUAUGAUGGAAACUUAGGAAAGUUUGACAGUAAACAAAAAAUGACUGAAGAAAUAGCACAGACAAAUAUUGGCAGUAUCGAUGCAUAUUUGCCAGAUGCCAGCAGUGAGGAUGAACACAGCCUCGCAGACAGCGAGAUGUUGGCCAAUGAGUCCUUAAAAUUUGAGAGCUUUCUAACUAAAAAGCAGCAAGAAGCUUUGGCAGAAAAUUCAGCAAGAGUAAUCCAAAGGGCAUGGAGAAGACACAUCGAUACACAGCUGUUUAAGCAUUUCAAGAAUAUGAUUAAUUUCAGAGGACAAGGAAACCCUCGAUUUUUGAUGAAAUGUAUUAACCCGAUCGAGGCAGAAUUGCUGGAUGGUGCUGCUGGAGUUCAUGUCCGAUUCAGACUUGGAGGAGAAACGUUUCCUCCAAAAAUCUACUACAAAAUAUUCACUCAUCGACCAAUUGUGGAUCUAUGUGCAAACAGUCCCAAAGAUUACACACAUCAUGCUGCCAAACAGAAACUACCCAGAGAAAUUCACAACCAUAACUCUGUAAAAGACAAGGAAGAUGAUCACAGUGGAUGGUACAAGCGAUUGGAGAAUAAUGAUUGGAGAAGCCUUUCAGACAAGUACCUUGGAACCACAAUAGAUUAUAUGGAGUUUGAGCCUAACAGAAAAAGAGCAACAUUUCACCAUUGUACCCUCCAAAGAAAACAAGACAUCAAGAGAAAGCAAAAACAAAAAAAAAUUGAAUGGAUGAAAAAGAUGUACAAAGAGGGCAUGCUGCAAGCCCAGACACUGGAUCCAAAUACAGCUGUCCUAGUGCAGAGAGCAACAGAAGGAUUAAUUGACAGUGUAGAGCAGACAGGCCCUAAUUCUAUCCUCGACUGGGAGGUGGACGAAUUACUUGAGUGGACAAAUGCACUGAACUUUGAAAAAUAUUUGAAUGACUGGACGGAAAUUGCUUGUAGCAGUUCUUCUGCAAAACUUCCAGGUUCAUCAAUAUUCGUUUCAAAUCUGCUUGUAUAUGCCACAAUUGCAAUGAUUCUCCAGAUAAUAAUUUUACAUAAAUAUAUCAAACAUGGAAAUAGUGCACCAAUUGAAAUUUGUAAAUGAGAUCAUUAUGAAUUAAGUGAAAAGAGGAUGUUCCUUGCGACUGGGGACAUCCAAUGGCAUUUUCUUGUACUACUUCUCGAAUUAUCUGAACAUGUAAAGACCGUGGGUGGAACCUUAAAGGGGCCUGAAUGAUGUGGCUGUAGUGAGAAAUGUGGCAGAUUAGCAUGAAAAGUCCAGCAAGGUCUACCCUGACAUCAGGAGCAACUUGUUGUAUCUUUUAAUUAAAAGGCAGUCAGGUUCUGAGGCAAAAAUCUUACUAGGUAGCAGGCAGUCACCUCUUGAGAGGGAUUAUUUAAUGACCUUAUUAAUUGCAGAUCUUGCCUCAUUAAUAUGUAACUUUCUUUUGUCCCACCCAUAUCAAACAAACUGAACGCUGAGAAUCCUCAGUGUGGAAGUCAGAGUGGGUAACUGGUGAAUUUAAUUCACCACUUGCUGGAAAAGUAAAAAUCACCCUUGUCUUACCAGACCAUAGGGUGCACUGUCAUUAGAGAGAGAUUCCUGGCAGUGGUUUAAUAUGAGGGUUACCAUGCCUCAGGCAAGGGAAAGGUUAAGAAGGAAAGCCUUUCAUGGUUUGGCUUCAAAGGACACUGGGCAUCAACAUCUCAGGGCACUGGCCAUGCGCAACUUGUAGUAACAGACGUUGACAUCUGACAGAUGCCAGCGUCCAAAAUCCCUCAUGGCACUUCUCUAAUCCACUUAAGCUUCUGCGCUUUAAUGCUGCACCUCAAAACACAGCAGUAGCUCUCAUUGUAUGCUGCAGCAAGGGCACUUUGUGCCCAGGGAUAAUCACCCAGCUCAUGGUCUGGAGCAGGCUGCAUCGCUGGCCCAUUCACGUGCUGUCUUAGCACUCAUUACUUUGACCCUACCUGUAUGCUCUCAGCAUGCUUGUCUUGCCUUGCAUUGCCAUUUUUCGUGUGACUCCUCUGCCAAGGAUACAAGGAUACCGAAAUGGUGUCAUGCUGUGCUGUUCAACAUAGACACAAAGCUGGGCAGCUUGUUAUGGUUGUCAUCUAGCCUCAGCCAUGGCGGGGAGAUAGUCGUAAGUCUGGGGCAGGGUGUGGUUCCUGACAUCUGAUACCUGUCCAAGCUGUUGGUAAUGAUCAGUUAGCCACUAGGGCAGUCAGAAUCAGUUUCCUCUCCUAAUUAACUUGGGUAGCGCACCAUCCAUUUUGACUUUUUCAGCCAUAUUGUGUGCUGGUUUCCUCCUAGAUUGAGAGGAAGGCAGGAAUCAAGGGAGAUGAAAGUGCAUGACUGUUACUUUUAGUGCAGGUGGGAAGGUAUCCUGAGCAAGCGACUUUGCAGCACUGGGGUAGUGGUGUUGGGUUUGGGGUGGAUGGAAGUGAGUGGAGAAAAUGUUGCAGGCAAUACUGUGAAAGUUAGAGCUUGAGCCUUGGUUGGCAGUACAAGAG